CGGGAGUCCUUGAAGGCCGCCUCAAAUGCACGCCCAAGUAAGGGGCGGCUAGAAAUAUGCAUGCUUUGAGAACGCCGUCACACCAGUUCCGUCCAUCCACGCCCUCUGCCCGCUGGCCGGCGGAGAGCGGCAGCGCCUGCCUCCCUCUGGGGCCUGUGCUGUCAACAUGAGGCAGCGCCUUCACAAGCUUUAUACAUUUAUUCGCGGAGCUGGGACUUUUCUUUUGCCAUAGACGACCGCCGACAUGUCCUUCUCCAUCCCCACCAGCCCUCUGCCGCCUCCCGAGGAACAGGAGCUGCGCCGAAGCAUGUCGCGACUCCAGGCGUCUGCCGCAGACGGCAAGAGCGUAGCUGGGUCUGGAACUGCGCAGAUGAUCCCCCCAUCAACGGCUGCGGCUUCCACGGCCGAAUCCACUAAGCCAUCUCCGACCUUGACCGGCCACCAGCGCUUCGUCUUGACCGACCAUGUCGCUUUCAGGUAUCUGGAAGAAGACCCCUCUACUACGGUCCUUGCUCGUCGUCAGAAACUCGAAGGCUAUGAAAUAUACCUCGUCGAGCAAUGGGCCUGCUCACGGGCUCACCCUACCUUCAUCAUCACCACCUAUACCGGCGAUCCGAAGGAUUCUGUCUUCGCAAACGUACUGAGCGUUCCCACUGAUGAGUCUGCCUGGUCGCCGCAGCUCAGGAUCUACUUCAAGGCUCUAAAUAACUUCCAUGCUAGGCGGCGGGAAACAAAUCUUGGCACCCUCAUGAUCACAAAUCUCAGUGCCUUUCCCUCCUCACUAACCGUCAUCCCCGUCCCUGAGGGUGACGUGAAGAGAUAUCGGGAGUUGUUCUUCGUGAACGAGAAUCUAAAGAGGUUAGGCUGCUCAGGUCGUCUUGGGAUUAAGCUGGCUCAGCCCAGCAACGCAACUCAAGCCAAGUUCCAUCAACUUUACAGGACCAGCGAUAUAAUACCCCUGAACAGCUCCGUCAUCGAGCUUGUGAAGCUUUGUCAGGUGGCCUUGGUAUUGUUUGGGAAGUUGGAACCAGAGUACGCGGAUGGCUUGCUUUGUGAUGUCACCGAGAAGGCUAUCAACGAUUGGUGGUUGGAGUUUGGCGCAGAGUACUACACCGUAGAGCCUCAUGACGGCAUACUUGGCCCUACUACAGUCGCAGCGCUACUAGGCAUGUUGAUGGGUGCACGGAACCGUCUGAGCGCAUACGGUGCGCCCGUCGCAAAAGACGUGUUCGAUAUUGAGAAUACAAAGCGUGGCAUCGCGUAUUUUCAAAAGACCCAGCGAAUACAGAAGACGCGUCGCCUAGACAGGCAAACGCUCGAAGCGCUACGGCGAGCAACUGCCAAAGCAGCUAGUGGAGAAGGCUGGGCUAUGCCUCGUGCUUUGAAGUCCACUGUGGCAGAGCUUGGCGGGAAAGGAGGGGAAAUGAUGAUGGGGAUGGUUGGAGCUCGAGAUAAAGCUGGCAUUGCUGAUGUUGAAACCGUCGACAUUGACCGAUUCAUCGAACUUGUUCAAGGAGAGCGAUCAAAAUGGCUGUGGUAUGGGAAGCCUCGGAAAACCGCCACUGGAGAUAUGUUCAGUCGCUUGCCUGGAGAAGGAAGCUUGACACCUUCCGCUGAAGAGCACAGUCACACCGGAAGUCUCUUGAAAAGGGAAUCAACCCACGACGGUCAUGGUCUUACAAAGCGCGAUACUGCCUCUGAAGGACGCACGUCCGAUGUUUUCGGGACGUCAGAAGCAGUUGAAAAGGACCCAAACUCCAAACGAGCUGCAAUUAAAAGGGCGACUGGAAAGAUUGAAUCUGGUAGCGGCUUUGGUCGAAUCAAAGAUGUUGUCGGUAGACGAGGCCACCAACCGAAGCUGUCUAAGCAUGAGAAUGGCCGCAUUUCUUUCCAACGCGCAAAAUCCGACAACGAAUUUUCGGGUUCGCUCGCAAACGAUCCCCUGGCUACGCAAAAACAGAAUCAUGGUGACCAUCUCAGCGAAAAUAUCUCAGUCAUGUCUCCACGUAAAAGCACUCGUGACGAAUACGAAGCCACCUUUACCAAGACCCUCACUCAAACUCCUCGGGCCUCUGCAAGCACACUUGUUAUUAACAAACUGCAACCACAAAACAAGGGGAAGGUCGACCUUGGCGCUUUUUCAAGGCCCACCGAGCCCUCAGAAGACGAAUUGUCCAAACCCCCAACCGUCGAAAAUUCUAUUGCAGGCUCAAUAUAUCGAGGAGAAGGUCUCGAAACUAUCCUCCCCGCCGACUCCGCUCAGGACAUCACCCCUCUUCUCCGCCGGACCACCAGUGCCGAGCAACUCUCCCCCUACCACGCCGAAAAUAGAAACGAGAAUUGGUGGCCCAGACACCUCUCUUUCAGCAUUGCCGAAGAGAGCAUUCUCACCUGGCCCCCAGCCUCCUUAGCACCUCCGGAACCAGAACCUUUCGACGCGCAAGCCGCGCUCACAAGACAGGCAUUUCUUUCCUCGGACGCGAGACGCCUCGGCGAGAAUCUCGCAACCCUGAAAACCAUUGAUGCGUCCUGGGUCUCUGCCCGACUCACUGCCGUCCAAGACCUCGAUGAGAAUGCUGACCAGGAUAUCACCGGACUAGAAGAUAUGUACUACCCAUGGCUCGAAGAAUACCAAUCUCUCCGCGAAGACGCACAUGAAAUCAUAUCCCGCGAGCGCGUGCAAUUACAGGAUGCGGUCCGGGAUCUAGAAACCAUGGGUGCGAAGCUGGAAUAUGAGAUCAACACGUUAAGGAGUAAAGUCGAUGACAUCGAAGACGGGAUCGCGGAAUUUGAAAGGCAGGUUGAAUUCGUGGAAGAGAAAGUCAGGGAGCUAGAAGAUGUGGUUGGGCAGAGGGAGGGCUGGAUCCAUUGGGGAUUUAGAAUGUUGACGGGGAUUGGGAGACCGCCUGGUUGGGUUGAUUGAAGAACUCGGCUAUAUACGAUAUAAAUAUGUAUCCGCUUUACAGCGCCCUGAUACGCUAUUAGAGAAUGUGCAGGUUUUCUAAGGCGUUCUUAUCGUCUCAUUUUCAUUAGCCUUGGAACUCAUUGCUCUCCUGCCAGCAC